AUGGCGAAACCUUUACAAAAGGAAAGGGACAACAGAUCCGCCGAGAAGAAAGAUUUCACUUUUCACCCAUAUAACAUAACGCCAGAGAGUGCGUACACGUCGAUUUUACUUCUAGAAUCAAAGGAAGCAGAAAUAUUAUGUCAAACUCUACGAGCUAUCACCAAGUUCUCUGCGCAAGAGUUUCAAAAUCGCCAAGUGCUUUUCGAUUUAAACGCCAUAAAAUAUAUUCUACCUCACGUGGAACACCCCGAGAUAAAUAUAAAGAGGUUUGCUUUGAAGGCGUUAGCACAACUCUGUCAAUUGCCAAGAGGUCCAGAACAAGUACUUGCUAAUCCACAGAACUUGAGGAAAAUCGCAUUUAUGUUGGUAAAGAUUGAAGACGUUUUCGUGCUGGAAUUCGCUUCGUUAGUUCUAUCAGAACUGACGCGAGAACCGCUAGGAUGCGAGCAGCUGGUGUCCGCGAAUAUUUUGAACAGCCUCUGUAAUAGGAUGAAGAACAGCUUGGACCCUGAUGUACAGAAGAACUGUUUACAAACCCUCAGUAAUCUCCUUGAAGAUCCGAUAUGCGCGUCCGAAGUGACAAAAAAUCAGCAGUUCAGUUGGGCGUCCCUACUCGCUCUGAUGCAGAGUCCAUACCUGGCCAUACAGCAUGCUGCAUUGAAGACAGUCGACCAGCUCAUCUGUAGAUAUAAGGAUUUGGUCGUUCAGAAGUCGUUUAGGGCUUCAACUGGUGUUUUGGAUCUCUGCGACAUACUUGAGUCUUACGAAUUCCGUGACGUACACACACAAGUGCUGGGUGUGUUGCGAAAUUAUGUAGAAACGGAGGAGAAUGCUGCUCACCUUUACCAAUCGGGGUGUAUACUCCGUCUUCUGGCGUACCUAGAGAUGGCUCUGCCGGCUAUGAAGCCACAUUGCUUGGGUGUACUCACUAAGAUGUCAUUUACUUCAAAUGGAAGAGACGCUCUAUACGAAACCGGGACUGACCUGGUAUUCUGCCACCAACUGUUGAGUUCUAAUGUUGAGUUGCUGGCUGAUGCUGCAAUGGGUGUCGCCAACAUGACGAAGCUGCUACCAGCUGCAGUUCGGAUGUCUGAUACGAAUAUAAUUGAAGCGUUAUGUGCGAUUCUUGCGGACGAUGCCGCAGUCUGGUUCUACAUAAGAAUUAAUGCUUUAAGAGCUCUAGCGGAACUCUGUCGAAUCAUACCUAAGGCAGCCUUUAGUCUCAUAGAGCCGAAAACCUUUGCGUCAUUGAGAAAUAUUAACAAGAAAUUCAAAGAAAAUCCUAUAGAAGCGCAACGCCUUGCAGUGCAAUGCUACAUCAAUCUACAGAACUAUCACGUCAGCACACGAGCUAUGCUGAACCCAGAGUUCAUGAUGGAACUGCUAAAUAUAUUACAGCGUAUUGACACCUGCCUCAAAAUAAUGACAUGCACAGUACUUAGCGGUCUCAUGAAAGAGGAUGUCGCUAAGGAUCUCUUUACAUCAAAGCAGGGAGAAGAAGUGGUAUCAAACAAUCUACACAUAGAGCACAUCGGGUUACGUACAGCUCUGUGCCUACUAAUCAGUGCAAGUGUUUCUGAAGACGGCGCUGAUGUGUAUUUGGAGUUGGGAACGAUUCACUAUAUGGUUGAGAACAAACAAGCGAGAUAUACAGUUAGUGCGUGGGAAUCAGCCUUAGAAGCUAUAUUUCGACACCACCCCUCAGCCAAGCUGGCUUACACCGGAAGAUUGGACAUCAACGAUUUUACUCAGGAAGGAUUCUACGUGCAGAAGCGUUUAGCUGGUCCGUUUUCCACGAUUCAGCAACUUAUGGAUAGCAUACCUCCUCAUCACGACCCUGUCUUCAUAGCGAUGUUCCACCAGCCGUAUGACGCCGUGUCCAACCUCGAUAUAAGAACACCAUAUAAUCAAUCUGAACAAAAACUGGGCAAAUCCAUGUCCAGUCGCCUGAGACUUCCGAAAUUACCUGAUGAUACUAAUUUGCGUAAUUACUUACUGCGACUGAAGAUUUGGUUCGGAGAUCCGGCCAAGUCAUUGCAUUACUUCGAGAUAGAAGAUGCUCAUUAUGAAGUCAGAUAUCGCGAUAAAUGCGAAGAAGUGACGUCAUCGUUGAAGCAGCGCGCCCAGCUGUUAGCCGAGUUUGUAGCUGAACAGAUGAGUGGGUUAACCCAAGAACGAGAUUGUAGUAUGCCAAGUGUUGCGCUACAUCUGGGCGACUUGAUGGAAGAUUUGGGUACCCGUGUACUAGGUUUGGGCUGGGUGCGAUGCGGCGGUGCGCUAGAACGUGCUAUCCUAUACAAAGUCUUAGCAGAUAGAGUUGGCUUGCCGUGUUCAUUGCAUAGACAGAGCAGCGCGCACGCAUGGUGUGAGAUCGCUGUACCUGAAAUAGAUCCUAGGGAAACCACGGAUAAAGAGGAAAGCUACCCAGCCGGCCUUUUACGUGCCAACUACGUGGUCGACCUAAUGACGUCACCUGGAAUCUUGUUACCCAGAGGAAGUGCGGAUGCACGCCGAGUAUGUGGAGCAGGUUGCUCCCCGUACACUGCAAGGGAGCUGACAGAAGUUUGUCGUUGUACCCAAUAA